UAAAGCGUUGAGUAGGCUUAGUGAUAAUUUUCAGUUGCAAUCAACGCGCCAACGACGACACAUCAUGGGGAAUAUCGCGUUGCUGAUGGUGCUGGCUGGGAUUAUCAGUCAUGUACAAGGACUUGUUCACGAUACUAUGAAAGGUAGAAGGUUUAUAUGCCAUUACACGACUUGGUCGCGUACUAGGCAGGAUGAUGCCGCGUUCAAUAUCGAGGAUAUACCGGGUGAAUUAUGCUCCCACAUGGUGUACAAUUUUGUGGGAAUCGAUGAAAAAUCGUUCGAACUUACUUCAUUGCAACCGGAGUACGAUUUUGGUGAAGAGGGAUUUCGGCGAUUCACAGAGCUGAAAAACAAAUUCCCAAAUUUGAAAUUAUUGGCGGCUGUUGGCGGUUGGGGACACGGUGGAGAGAAAUUUAGUAAAAUGACCGAGUUCCGCGAGAGACGAAUGCGGUUUGUGGCGAGCGUGGUGAAGUUUUUGCAUAGACAUAGAUUCGAUGGUUUGGAGAUAGUGUGGUUAUAUCCGGGGAAUUUCGAUCGCGGUGGUAACAUUACCGAUAAGGACAACUUUUACUACUUAGUUAGAGAGUUGGCGAAAGCUUUCCGGGAAGCUGGCAAAGAUUGGGAAGUAAGCGUGCAAGUUCCAGCGGACAAGUCGCGAAUAGAUGUUGGAUACCAGAUAGAUGCAUUGUGCGAAGCAGCUGAUUUCAUUCAUGUCAUUGGUUACGACUUACGUGGCUGGUGGAACAACUUUGCAGACGUACACAGUCCAAUGCAGGACCGUCCCCACGACGAGGGUAACUUUGUCGGAUUGAACGUCGUCAGCGGAAUCGAGCAAUGGAUGCAUGGCGGCUGCCCUGCCAGUAAAAUUGUUUUGGGCGUUCCACUUUUCGGAAGAACGUAUCUUCUAAGUAGCCCGGAGGACAAUAGUGUCGGUGCCCCAACGAUAGGGGCAGGAUCGGCCGGGGAAUUCACCAACGAAGCUGGCUAUCUAGGCUAUUGCGAAAUUUGUCAGAUUCUUCCAAACAUGACCUCUCGAUGGGACGAUCUCGCACAGUGUCCGUAUGCGUUUAGCAGUGAAGAGUGGAUCGGAUACGAAGAUGAGCGAUCAUUGCGGGCCAAAAUCGAUUGGGCAGUUAAGAACCGUUUGGCCGGGAUUUACGCCUUCUCACUGGAUCUAGAUGACUAUAGGGGGCACUGUGGAAAACCAUUUCCGCUGACCACAGUACUUCACAAAUAUUAUGAAGAAACCAGACACGAGUCGUUCGUAACGUGGCCUUAAACUAGAGAUGAGAUAAAAAUAUGUGAUUUUAUUUAUAUUCAUAAGAUAAACUAUGCAAUGCAACGGCCAAAAGUCGUGUCGUAAACUAUUUAUUUAAACUAUAAAUAAAUUCUAGCCGCAAGCGCCAAGCGAAUA